AUGGAAAAGACUCCGGCACAUCGGAAGUUGGCGAAAGUGCCUUGGCAGUCGAGUCUGUUUUGUCUGCGGCAGAGGCCGCGGCAUUGGCCCGAAACGACUUGGGCCUCUGCCAGUCGGAGCUUUCCAUGGAACCAUGCACUCGUCGUCUGGAGCACUCUGCGCAGAGAGACCAAGGACAAGGCGGACAAGGACAGAGAGUUUGCUUCCCGACAGCUGUGCCGCGCCUAUGCGCGAGACCACUGGAUUUCUGCUCUUAGCAUGCUUGCAACCAUGAAGGCUGAACGUGCUGCGCCUGACCUGGUCUCGCACAACAUAGUCAACAGUGCGGUCAGACAGCAUGGUCAGUGGCAAUGGGUGUCUCAGCUAGUGAAUGGAGUUUGGAUGUUCAGCCUGUCCCCAGAUGCUGCUACUUGCUGUGUGGCAAUUACCGCUGCUCAGUCGGGGCAACGGUGGCAGGCCGCUGCAGAAUCGUUUUCCAUCUUCUCGCGCCAAGCGUUGGUCCCCAACGUCAUCCUGUGUAACGCGUUGAUCAGUGUUUCUUCUAAAAGCAGCUCGUGGCAGCAUUCCCUCGCUGUAUCGAAAGCCAUGCAGGAGGGGCGAAUCGUGAGGGACGUUGUCGGGUACAAUUCUGUGAUAUAUGCUGCGGAUGCAGGCAAGAGGUGGCAGGCCGCACUGCAUGUGUUUUCCACACCGCCAGGUGGCAUUCUACCCAAUACCGUUUCGAAGGGCACCUGUGUGACUGCUUGCCAAAGAGCAAGGCGCUGGCAAAUGGCAUUUCACCGGGCACAGGACUGUACGAUUUCCCCCGUGGUGCAAAAUUCUGCUCUCGCUGCCUCGGUUCAGGGGAGGGCCUGGCGACAGGCUUUAAGACUACUUCAGGUCAGUCACGACGAGAACUUGGAACUAGGACUAGUAUCGUUGAAUACCAUUCUGAGCGGGUCUUCGUCGACGGCAAACUGGCUACAGUCUCUCUUGGUCUUUCACAACGUCGCGGCUGCCAAGUUUCAGCCGGACAGCAUCUCAUAUGGUUCCGUCGCGGGUGUGACCGCAGGAGGCGACUGGGAGCUGUCGCUCCAGCUCCUCACAUGGAUGGCUGCCAGAGGCCACGCCUUCAGCGUGGUGUCUCUCACCGAAGUGGCACGUGCGUGCGGGAAGAAGGGCGCAUGGAAUGCGGCCUAUUACACACUAGCUGUGCUUGCAAGAGCGCAUGUAAGACCGAAUGUGAUUACAAGCAAUGUGGCCCUGAACGUGCUGGAGACUAGAAACCUUUGGAUCGAGGCAUUGGAUUUGGCAACUACCUCCUGCAGCAAAGCUGUGCAGACAAGUGAGGUGUCGUUCGGCUCUUUGUUGGGCGCCUGUGGCAACAAUCCCGGGCGCUGGCGAAUCGCACCGCUCCUGCUUGAACGGGCACUCGUAGCAGCUUCUGCGAGCAGCAUCGUGUUCAACAUCGCCAUCUCGAGGCUGGCGGAAGUCAAAAAGUGGCCAAAUGGAGUAUCGCUUUUGCAAAAAAUGCUCGAACGCAACUUGGAGACUGACUCUUCGACUUGGACCUGCCUUGUCAGCUCUUGUGAUCAAUGGGCUACAGCUUUUACGUUCAUCGGCCCACGGCCAGAAGUUCGAGUUCCUGCCCUGAACGCCGCAAUCAGUGUUGCUGGUGGAGAUGGACGGUGGCAACGAGCCCUACCCCUUUUUCUACAAUGCCAUGCUUGGUCUUUGCAGCAAACGUCUGUCACUAUAAAUGCGGCUGUGGAUGCGAUAGCCCGAGGUGCCAAUUGGGAGCUCACAUGUUGCUUGCUGUCUCGUGCUGCGAGUCUGGCAGUGGAAGUCUCAGAUUCUGCAUUCAGUAUGGCGGUCAACGGAUGUGAGAAGGCAGUGCUGCAGCUGGCGGGUGGAAAUAGGUUGCACUUCGCUUUUCUUCCUAAGGCCGUUCCCUUCCUCAGCCUCAAUGGUGCAAGGCAUGUUCGCACCUACACGCCGUGCUUGAACGCCGUGCACGAGGCAAUCUUUGGCGAGAACAUGAGAGAUGCGGUUGGUCCCUACUGCUGCGCGCAGUUUGUGGUCCAGGACAAACAGAUCCGCGAGCGGCCGCUGGAGUUUUAUCAGCGGAUGCUGAGGCUGGUCGACGGCACGAUGGAGCACGAUCUGUGCUAUCCAGGCAAAGUCAAGCGCUCGACGCACUGCUACGGCAUGGAGUUCACGUGGCACCUCGUGUUCGGCGAGGACUACGACCCACCUUUGCGCCAGGAUGACCAGCGGCUUGCGCUGCCUUUGCGUCUCAAGUUCGGCAACGAGUUCAUCCGGAGGGACUGGAACGACGUGGUUCUCAACCCCAGCACUCCGAAGAAGAUCGUGGAAGAGAUCAACUAUGACCAAAUGACCGUCGUUGUGGCUUCUGGGUAUUUUGAUCCUCUGCACUAUGGCCACAUCGAGUACUUGCAACGAUCGCGGGACCUCGGCGACAAGCUCAUCGUCAUUGUCAACAACGACACUCAGGCGAAGGACAAGAAAGGCCAACCCUUCAUGCCUGCACGAGAGCGGGUAAAGCUCGUUCGGUCGUUGGCCUGCGUCGAUGCAGCCAUCGAAGCCAUCGAUCAGGACCAAACAGUUCGAAGAACCCUCAGAUUACUGCAUCCGGAUAUCUUCACAAACGGUGGUGAUAUCAGGAACGAGGAUGUUCCAGAGGCAGAUGUCUGCCGAGAGCUGGGUAUCAAGCUGAUAGAUGGCUUGGGAGACAAAGUACAGUCUUCGUCCUGGCUGAUCAACAAGAUCGCCAAGCCAGCAGUCAAUGGUACCUCAUCAGGCGGGUGGUGGACGGAGGUGUUUGAGUUAGAGCCUACUUUGCCUAUUUUCGGCUAUCGGCACCGCCCACCCCACCAGAAGUAA